AAGUAGAAGAAGUAGAAGAAGUAGAAGAAGUAGAAGAAGAAGUAGAAGAAGAAGAAGUAGUUACCGGACGUUCUUGGCGCGUAAUUGGAAUCCAUUAUUCAGAGCGACAGAACUGGAAUUUUUCGGUUAUUAGUAGUCAAUAAAUGUAUCGAUUUACAUUACAGCAGACCGACAUGCCUAUGUAGUCUCCUAUGUAUUUAGUCAAUACGUUUUAAAAAAAUCAUAAAUAAAUCAUAAAUUAUCCUAAUCCACUAACAUGCUUUAAUGCGCAUGUUGAUUUGAUUCUGAUGCCUUGAUAAUAUACAAUCUGGUUAUUUAAACAUCUUACCCCUCACACGGGCAACACAGACGGUCCAUUGAUCCAUUCUGCUGCUACUCUAAUGCGCUGCUGCUCACUUCCGGGAACUAUUGGGAGACCAUGAUCCGCCCAUUGCUGGGAAAAAAAUGGUCCAUUGGAGUGAACGGAGUUGUCGCGACUCAUUAGACGGCACUGGUACAUCUGUGGAUGCGUCCAGACAACCAUGGACAAUUGAUGAUAAUAGGGGGGCUGGGGCGAGGAGGGCCAGAGCAGUAAACAGACCGAUACCCGUCAACUGUAAGCUGGCGAGCUGGUCAUCUUGGACUCCGUGCAACUCCUGCACAGACAAAACGUUCCGUUUCCGAUACAUGGAGAAACCCUCACAGUUCGGAGGCGCACAUUGCAUCGAGACACUGUGGGAGACACUGGCGUGUCCAACAGCAACCACACAGUGUGCGGUGCCCGACUACUGUGGGGAGAGCUUCACCUGCAAAGAAACAGGGCGCUGCAUCAGCCAGUCGCUUCGCUGUAAUGGAGAGUCAGACUGUGAGGAUUUUUCCGAUGAGGAGGACUGUGGAAGUUUCACCCAGAGAGAUGACAAGUGCUCCACCCUCCUGCCGAUCCCAGGCGCUGAGCGCGGCACCCGGGGGUACAAUGUCUUGACCAGAGACUUUGUGGAUCCUGUACUUGACCCAACGUACUUUGGAGGAAUGUGUGAAUAUGUCUACAAUGGCGACUGGAGGAAAUUCACCUAUGACUCCUUCUGUGAGCACCUGCGCUACAACGAGGACGAUAAAAACUACCGGAAACCUUUCAACUACCACACCUACCGUUUUGUGGCUCAAGCUACGUCAGAGGGUUCCCACGAGUACUAUGAAGAUAUGGCUAGUCUGCUGAACGCCAGGAAAACUAUGCAUUCUUCCAACGCUGGCUUCACAGUCGGGGUCUAUUACAUACAAGGGGGACUCAGUGGAAGUAAAGAGUCGGAGUUUCUCAGCAACAUAACACAGUAUAAGAACCAGAACCUCGGGUUUGUAAGGCUUUGGUCCAAAGUGCAAACAGCCUACUUCAAGAUGAGAACCAACAGGUUGAUGCUUCAUGAAGAUUUCUACUUUUCACUCAUGGAGCUCCCAGAGCAGUAUGACUUUGGGAUGUACUCCCGCUUCUUCAACACAUUUGGCACCCACUACGUCACGGAGGGAACUAUGGGAGGCACCCUCGAAUAUGUCGUGGUUAUCAACAAAACCGCCAUGGCAGAAUCAAAUCUUGAGGGCAAACAAGCUGGUAAAUGCAUUGGGGCCUCUAUUGGUAUAAGCAAUCCACUUGGCGCCUACGGAGAAGUAGAUCUCACAUUGGGUGGGAACCAAUGCAAAAAGAAGGGAAAGUUAAGUCAAGCAAAGGACUCCAGUUCAGUUGUGAUUGAGGACAUUGUUACCCUGGUGAAGGGAGGAAUCACACACAGCAGCAGUGGCCUGAUUGCCAUCAGGAAUCCAGACACAUACAAGAACUGGGGGGCAACUCUGAAAUACAACCCGGCACUCAUUGAAUAUGAGACCAUGCCAAUCUAUGAGCUGGUGCGCCUCAGCACAGCCGCCGACCACGUAGGCGCCAGACUGGCCAACAUGCAGAGGGGCUGGGACGAGUAUCUGCAGCAGUUCGACUCCUGCCGCUGCGCUCCCUGCAAGCAUAAUGGGAUCACCGUCCUCAAGGGCACGUCCUGCGAGUGCAUCUGCAAGUCCGGCUUCCACGGGGAGGCCUGUGAGGAGACUCUCAGAAGAGAUGCCAAGACGGACGGGUCGUGGUCGUGCUGGGGGCCCUGGUCAUCCUGUACAUCAGGGAGGAAGACUCGGGCAAGAACCUGUAAUAAUCCCCCACCCGAUGGGGGCGGAGCAACCUGCCUGGGCUCUUCCUCUCAGACACAACGUUGUUAAGGUGAAGCUCCUCCCAGAUUCCAGGUCAAAGGCGCUGCUGAGUGCCAAGUGAGCGUUAAGGUUUCUUUUCUCCCAUCGAUUAAAACUGGUUUUAAGUAAAGUGUGUAAAUGUUGGAGCCCUCAAUCAUAGUGUCUGCCUUUCUCAGGCAAUGUAUGUCGAAGUAGAAAUAAAUGUGUGUUGUGCAGA